AUGGAAUCUCAACAGCGCCCCUGGUCGGAGGUGGUCUUGUGUGGAGUCAAACCUCUGGACGUGGGCUGAAAAACCGGCGCAAACCGCGGGCGUGUAAGACGCAGAGUUUGCAGGUUUGACAGCGUCAGCGAACUGACUGUACGAGAAACGGGUCGCAGCAAAUUUUGGACACAUGAAAUGCGGAUUUAAACGAUUUCUUGGGAUUAUUUUGUAAAGCUGAUUGUUAAAAAAUACUAAGUUCAUUUACCGAAACGAUUACAAGCAACAGAAGGAGCUUUACAUAUACAAAGAGUCUUUAUUAAUGCACGGCUAAACAUAUAAUUCGCCACAUAAUUAUGAUAAUUAUACAUAAAUCGAAAUAUCUUGACAAAUAGUAAAUACUGAAAAAUAAUCGAUGGUUAACAAGUUGUUUACCAUUUGUGUCGCCAGUAUGUGUAUCUGCUUGCAAACAUUUUUGGUCUAUUAAAAUAAUCUAUAUUCUGUUGUAAAUGUAGAAUGCAUACAUGUAAUUGUAUGUCAUAUAAACAUUUACUUUAUUUGUUUAGUUGUAUUAAUGUAUUUAUUUAAACAUAUUUUGAAAAUUGAAUGUCUGUGAUAGACAUAGCGUGUGUUUCCAUUGUUGGAGUCCUACAGGUGAUGAGUGGUCUAUAGCCGAAGCUUGUGCUUGUGCCUCUGAAGCACCUAGUUGUGACCACCAGGUGGCGACAAAGUCACGGUCAAUUCUUCCACGGGACUUUUACAGUAUACGCGUCCUGUCACGUUAUUGAUACGCAAAACUAACGAAACGAUGAGCUUGUGGUUCAGUUCAGCGGUUAUGAUGACGGACUGAAACCCGGUGAGAGCACGGAUCUGAAUGACAAACCCCACACCGACACCGCACACGCAAAGUGGCUCUAAGUGUUUUAGGUUUUAGAUGAGUUAGUCAGUUACCGCAAGUGAGCGGCGUAGAUCUCUAUCUCCGCACAGAUGGGCGGAUGAUCUCUCUCUCUCUCUCUCUCUCUCUCCUGCUUCUGCUCCGUGCGUGUGUGCACGUUUCACAGUUUUCCCGUUGAAAUCGUGGAAAUGAGCGCUUCCUCGCCGAGAGGAGCGAGCACCAUCAAAGGACGGACUUACACACGACACAACACAACAUCCUACAGACACUGGAGCGCGUUCACGGUUCUUCGUCCGUAGUUCACCUGUCGAGGAUGGAAAUCUGACGGCCGUCUUCGUCUUGGAGGCCAGCUGCUCUGCCUGAACGUGCAGGAUGAAAAGAUGGCGGAGCUGCUUGAACCACCAGGUCCGGACAGCUUCCGCCCCUUCAGCCACGAGUCCCUCAAGGCCAUCGAGAGGCGGAUCGCCGAGGAGAACGCCAGGAAGCCCAAAGGCGAGAAGAAGAAGCGCAGCAAUGACAACAAGCUCAGGCCCAGUCGCGACCUGGAGGCAGGCAAGACGCUGCCCCUCCUGUACGGGGACGUGCCUAAAGGUCUGGUGUCGACGCCACUGGAGGACCUGGACCCCUGCUACGCCAAUCAGAAAACCUUCAUAGUAAUAAACAACAGUAAGGUCAUCUACCGCUUCAACGCCUCUCCUGCCUUGUGCCUCCUGAGCCCCUUCAACCUUCUGAGAAGAAUAUCAAUGAAGAUUUUGGUACACAAGUUGUUCAAUAAGGUGAUCAUGUGCACUAUCCUCGCCAACUGUGCAUUUAUGACCAUAAGCAAACCUCCCGAAUGGGCGAAGAACGUCGAGUACACAUUUACUGCAAUCUACACCUUCGAGUCUCUGGUUAAAAUCCUAGCCCGAGGCUUCUGCGUAGGGAAAUUCACCUUUCUACGAGACCCAUGGAAUUGGCUGGAUUUCUCCGUUAUCGUCAUGGCGUAUGUGACGGAGUUCGCAAAUCUGGGGAAUUUCUCGGUUCUUCGCACCUUUAGGGUGCUGAGAGCUUUCAAAGCCAUUUCUGUUAUUCCAGGCCUGAAGACCAUUGUUGGGGCGUUGUUCCAGUCGGUGAAGAAGCUUUCUGAUGUGAUGAUCCUGACUGUCUUCUGCUUGAGCGUCUUUGCCCUCAUAGGGUUACAGCUGUUUAUGGGCCAUUUAAAAAGCAAGUGUCUUCGGAUACCUACACAAAAUAAGACCGGUGUGAAUGGGACUAAUCAGACAGAUAUUUGGGACGCAUCCUGGGCACUGGACGAAAGAAAUUAUUAUUACCUCCCAGGGAAAAAAGACCCGUUGCUGUGUGGAAAUGGCAGCGCAGCUGGGCAGUGUCCAGAAGGAUACAGGUGCGUUGUCUUGGGGAGGAACCCGGACUACGGCUACACAAGCUUUGACUCGUUUGGCUGGGCCUUUCUGUCCCUGUUUAGACUGAUGACGCAGGAUUGCUGGGAAGUCCUUUAUCAACAGACCUUGCGGGCCUCUGGGAAGCCCUACAUGAUCUUCUUCGUCCUGGUGAUAUUCCUCGGCUCCUUCUACCUGAUCAACCUGAUCUUGGCCGUGGUCGCCAUGGCCUACGAAGAGCAGAGCCAGGCGACCAUCAAGGAAGCCCUGGAGAAGGAGGAGGAGUUCCAGGCCGCGCUUGAGCAGCUGAAACGGCAGCAAGAGGACGCCCAGGCGGCGGCGUGUGUGGCUGCAGCGGAAGGCGAUGACGCCGGCGAGAAAGACGGACGCGCGGAGAGCUCCUCCGACGCCUCCAAGCUGAGCUCCAAGAGCGCCAAGGAGCGGCGCAAUCGGAGGAGGAAGCAGAAGGAGGAGAAGAGCAAGGGGGGCGAGGAGAAGCUGCCCAAGUCCGAGUCCCAGGACAGCAUCAGGAAGGCCCGCUGCCGCUUCUCCGUGGACGCCAACCUCAUCAACUACGACAUGAAAUACUCCACUGCCCACCAGUCCUUUCUGAGCUUUCGCGGACCCCUUUUCUCAUCCAGACGGAACAGCAGAAACAGCGUUUUCAGCUUGCGCAGCCAAACGCGGGACGCGGGCUCCGAAAACGAGUUUGCCGAUGACGAGAGCAGCAUUUUUGAGGACAACCUGAGCCACAGAGGCUCCUUGUUUUUGCCCCGGAGGUUCGACCGCCGCAGCAGCAGCGUGAGCCAGUGCAGCCUCUUGUCACACCUCCUAGCUUUGCCCAAUGGAGUUCAGCACGGCUCUUUAGAACGCAGUGGGGUCGUGUCUCUGGUGGGUCGGACCUCACUGCCGUCGUCACCUGUGGGACUCCUUCUUCCUAAAGUGACUUUAGAUAAGGCCUCCACAGGAGACAAUGCUGACACCACGGACACAGAGUACAAACAGGGUGAUGGAGGAGCCCAACAGGAGUUAAUGGAUUUCCUUGAUGCUCCAGAGGCCAGGCAGAGAACCCACAGCAUCGCCAGCGUCAUAACAAGUACAAUGGAGGAGCUCGAGGAGGCGCGGCAGAAGUGCCCCCCGUGCUGGUACGACUUCGCUCACACGUUUCUCAUCUGGGAAUGCUGUCCGCUCUGGCUGAAAGUCAAGAAGGUGGUCAAAUUCAUUGUGAUGGACCCCUUCGUUGAUCUGGCCAUCACCAUAUGCAUUGUGCUCAACACGCUGUUCAUGGCCAUGGAGCAUUAUCCUAUGUCACCCAAUUUCCAGUCUAUGCUCAGUGUCGGCAACAAGGUGUUUACUGGCAUCUUCACAGCUGAAAUGGUCCUCAAGCUCAUUGCUUUAGACCCCUACUAUUACUUUCAGACCGGCUGGAACAUUUUUGACGCGGUCAUUGUCAGUUUGAGCCUCCUGGAGCUCUGUUUGGAAAAAAUGGGCGGCAUGUCGGUCCUGCGAUCGUUCAGAUUGCUCAGAGUGUUCAAGUUGGCCAAGUCGUGGCCGACUCUUAACACGCUCAUCAAAAUCAUUGGUAAUUCGGUGGGUGCUUUGGGCAACCUGACUUUGGUGUUGGCCAUCAUCGUCUUCAUCUUCGCUGUGGUGGGCAUGCAACUGUUCGGAAAAAAAUACAACGACUGUGUGUGUAAAAUCUCUACCGAGUGCACUCUGCCUCGAUGGCACAUGAAUGACUUCUUCCAUUCAUUCCUCAUUGUGUUCCGAGUGCUUUGUGGAGAGUGGAUAGAGACUAUGUGGGACUGUAUGGAGGUGGCUGGGACGACCAUGUGCAUCAUUGUCUACAUGAUGGUCAUGGUUAUUGGAAACCUUGUGGUGCUCAACCUGUUCUUGGCCCUGCUUCUAAGUUCCUUCAGUGCAGACAACCUGGCAGCGUCCGAGGGCGAGGGCGAGAUGAACAAUUUGCAGAUCGCUAUCGGGCGACUGCACAAGGGCAUAGCCUUCACCAGGUCCGUGCUUCAGAGCCGCUGCAGCAGCAUCUGCCUCAGGGACAAGAAGAAAGGAAAGGCCGAGGACAAAUCCCUGGACGAGCUCCACAAACCCAUGGGCCCAAACGGCGUGCCCAACCACACCAUCAUGGAUUUCUCCAAGAACGGCAGCGCCGACGUGAUGGGAGUGGACAAAACUGGGGACAAGUACAUCGUCAGCAGCAAGAGCGAUGAUUCCAUCAUGUCCUUCAUCAACAACCCCAGCCUGACAGUCACGGUUCCAAUUGCCGCAGGAGAGUCGGACUUUGAAAACCUCAACACGGAGGACUUCAGCAGCGUCUCGUCCGACGUAGUGGAGUGCCACGUGGUUAUAGAUGACGAUGGGCUCAGCUCCUCUGAAGGCAGCACGGUCGACGUCAUGGGACCCGGCGAGGGAGGAGAGUCAGUGGACUUUGAAUUUGAGGAGUACAUGGACCCCGACGCGUGCUUUCCCUAUGUUUGUGUCCAAAGGGUCCGGUGCAUGCAGGUGAACGUGGACGUGGGCUGGUGGAAGGUGUGGUGGACUCUGAGAAAGACUAGUUACAGGAUAGUGGAGCACAACUGGUUCGAGACCUUCAUCAUCUUCAUGAUCCUGCUCAGCAGUGGAGCACUGGCCUUUGAAGACAUCUACAUUGAGCAGAGGAAGACCAUUAAAAUAAUCCUGGAGUUUUCAGACAAAAUCUUCACUUACAUCUUCAUCCUGGAAAUGUUACUGAAGUGGCUGGCGUAUGGAUUUGCAAAGUAUUUCACAAAUACCUGGUGCUGGCUAGACUUCAUCAUCGUCGCUGUCUCUCUGGUCAGUCUGGUGGCCAAUGCCAUGGGGGCUUCACACAUAGGUGCCAUUAAGUCUCUGAGGACCCUGCGAGCUUUGAGGCCCCUGAGAGCCCUGUCCCGGUUUGAGGGCAUGAGGGUGGUUGUCAAUGCCCUGCUGGGAGCCAUCCCCUCCAUCUUCAACGUGCUGCUGGUAUGUCUCAUCUUCUGGCUCAUCUUCAGCAUCAUGGGCGUCAACCUGUUUGCAGGGAAGUACUACCGUUGUCUCAACAAAACCUCAGGUGAAAGAUUCCUCACUUCCGAGGUGAAAAACAUGUCACAGUGUGAUGAACUGGGCAAAAACAUUUCAGUUUGGAAGAACCAUAAAAUCAACUUCGACAAUGUUGGCAUGGGCUAUCUGGCGCUCCUGCAGGUGGCCACAUUCAAGGGUUGGAUGGAUAUCAUGUACGCCGCUGUGGACUCCACCAAGUUGAAAGACCAGCCUUCGUACGAGAACAGCCUGAUGAUGUACCUGUAUUUUGUUGUUUUUAUUAUAUUUGGAGCCUUCUUCACACUUAAUCUCUUCAUCGGUGUGAUCAUUGACAAUUUCAACCAGCAAAAGAAAAAGUUUGGAGGCCAGGACAUCUUCAUGACUGAGGAACAGAAGAAGUACUACAAUGCCAUGAAAAAGCUGGGCUCAAAAAAGCCUCAGAAGCCAAUUCCGAGGCCAUCAAACAAGAUUCAGGGCUUCGUCUUUGACUUCAUCUCAAAGCAAGCGUUUGAUAUUGUAAUAAUGGUGCUCAUAUUUCUAAACAUGGUAGCCAUGAUGGUGGAAACGGCUGAGACGACCGAGGAGAAGACCAGGACCCUCUACUGCAUUAAUAACGUGUUCAUUUGCAUCUUCACUGGAGAGUGUCUGCUGAAAAUGAUCGCGCUUCGCCACUACUUUUUCACAAACGGAUGGAAUGUGUUUGACUUCAUCGUUGUGAUUCUUUCAAUCAUCGGUGUGUUUCUCUCAAAUCUUAUCGAAACGUAUUUUGUUUCGCCGACCUUGUUCAGAGUCAUUCGACUGGCUCGAAUCGGACGAGUUCUCCGCCUUAUUAAAAGUGCCAAAGGAAUCCGCACACUCUUGUUUGCCUUGAUGAUGUCACUUCCUGCCUUGUUCAACAUCGGGCUCCUGCUCUUCUUGGUGAUGUUUAUUUUCGCCAUCUUCGCCAUGUCUAACUUUGCUUACGUCAAGAAGGAAGCGGGCAUCGAUGACCUUUUUAAUUUUGAGACUUUUGGCAACAGCAUGAUAUGUUUGUUCCAGAUCACCACGUCAGCAGGGUGGGACGGCCUGCUGUCUCCAAUUCUCAACAAAUAUGAAGAUGAUUGUGACGCUAAAGCAGAAAAUCCCGGCAGCAAUGUAGAGGGGAACUGUGGAACCCCUGCCGUGGGAAUUGCCUUCUUUGUGAGCUACAUCAUCAUAUGUUUUCUGAUUGUGGUGAACAUGUACAUUGCAGUCAUUCUGGAAAACUUCAGCGUGGCCACCGAGGAGAGUGCGGACCCACUCAGCGAGGAUGAUUUUGAAAUGUUUUACGAGGUCUGGGAAAGGUUCGAUCCUCAUGCGACGCAGUUCAUCGAGUACACGAAGCUGUCGGAGUUCGCGGACAACCUGAACGCACCGCUGCGCAUCCCCAAGCCCAACAAGCUGGAGCUGAUGUUCAUGGACCUACCCAUGGUGAGCGGCGAACGCAUCCACUGCCUGGACAUCUUGUUUGCGUUCACGAAGCGCGUUCUAGGCGAGGGUGGGGAGAUGGAUAUCCUGAGGGAACAGAUGGAGGAGCGCUUCAUGGUCAACAACCCUUCCAAAAUGUCCUACGAACCCAUCACCACCACCCUCCGCCGCAAACAGGAGGACGUGUCGGCUGCCGUCAUCCAGAGGGCGUUCAGGCAGUACACAAAGAAAAACGUGACAGCCUUCGGCCCGUCUACUGGUCACGCUCGAAAGGAUAAAGCGGCCUCUGCCAAAAAGGCCGUCGCAGAAAAGAAAUCUAAAGGUGAACUGGCACCUUCCACUGCCUCUCAAGCUGCGUCUCACGGUGUGGUGACGAAUGGGAAGAACAAAUAUGAAAAAGACAAGAGCGAAAAGGAGGUUGUGACCAAAGACGUCAAAAGGCAGAAUACGGAGUAAAAGGUUCAACAAAGAGAUUUUUUUUCCAUUUACAAAAUGUUUACAGCCUUCGGGAAACGACAAAAGACAUCCAGUGGACUCCCUUAGCUUGCAUGGAUAUCUAUGCCAAAACUGAGUCUAAAGGUUGGUGCCUGAAUGGGAAAGCCGCUCAUCCGGGCUGUAAUGGGACCAUUCAGACUGGGCUCAGGAGCCGGGAUGCCUUUUGACUGAUCAUGGGGAUGGGCAACGUGUCCUGAACGACACAUUAGUUAAUGCUGUAAGUUGCUUUUGCAGCUAGUUCUGCUAUUCAGUGUCCAAGUGUCUUGAAUUGCAGUUAUAUCAAUCUAUUAGUUACCUUCAUUUUUUUAGUUUAAUAACUUUUAUAGUUUUUUUUACUCUUAAAAAGGGUUUUUUCCUUCAAGGGUGGUCACGUGUAGAGGCGAGUUUUGCUUACUUAGUACUUGACAAAUUCUAAUGGCCGUACUUGACAAAUCCAAGAGACUGUUGCCUAUAACUACAGAUCUGCAUGAGUGUUUCUCCAUGGUUAUGCAUGCUAAACCGCGCUACUGCCAUCCAGCUCGCUCGUUUAUCACUGUCACAGCACAUCAUUCAGGUUCGCUCAGGUCGCGAAGGCAUCGUCUCAGCCUGCCGUCUGCUACUCGUGCGCCAUUUACAAUAUUGUUAAUUAUGUGCAAAUGUAACUGUGAAGCUGUCUUUUCAAUAACAGAGUUGGCAAAAAACGGGUUGUUUUUGAAAAACUAAAAACCCUGCAGACCUGUUAUGAGUAACAUCCCUUAACCACGAACAUCUCACAGUUUGCUCUAGGAGGAUAUCAGGCUUGUUUCUAAGACGGCAGCAUCAUAAAAUAUUGUUUUUUUUGGCAUUUUUUUCUUUUUUUUAAUUUCUUUUGCUGUUGAAUCUAAUUGUGUAUUCUGUAAUGAUUAUGAAAUAAUCCUAUAAAUUAUAAUUGCUAUUUAUGACCAAUGACCCAACUAUAUUAUCCAUGUUCUGCUGUAUUCAGGUAUACAUACAUUUACUGUUGAGUUGAAAAAUGCAAAUGUCUUGUGUUGGAUAUUUUAUAUACACUCAUGCCAUUGAAGUUUCUUUUUAGUUUUUUGUACUACAAGUUUUAAUUUAAAAAUAAGAAACUAGAAAGGUGAAAAUUCAUCUUUUAUAUUUCUUUGUGCUUUGGAAACUGUUCAACAGUUUAACUCUCAAUUUUUAUCAUGAGAAAUAUCUAAGUUAGACGUAAGACGGCUCGAAAUCUUCUAAAUGAAUGUCUCAAGAACAUGACAAUGCACAUUUCAUGUGUCUCUGGCUGUUUCCUAAUUCUGUUUACAUUUUAUAGUAGCAGUUGUGCUACUUUUGUAAAUUCCAACCACCCUGUAUUGUGUCACAACUAUCUGUUGUAUAAAACUAUGGUUCCAAAUAUAUUUUGCAUGUAUUUAAAAUGUUACGUACAGUAAUUGCGCUAUACUUUAUGCAUAAUGAAAGAAUGUUUUUCAUAUUUAGAUGUUAACAUCUCCCAAUAUUCAUAUGCAUAAUGCUUGUAGUGUUCAAAUAAACUGCAUGCAAGACAUUGCUAUAACCCAUUUCAUUGAAAGGCCAAAAGAAUAAAAAUCAGAUGUACAUCAA